CCAUAAGUCUUUUUCAGCAGUUGUCAAAGCACUGCCACAAUGGGUAAAAUAAUGAAAUCAGGAAAAGUCGUAUUGGUCCUCGGGGGCCGAUACGCCGGCAGAAAAGCCGUAGUCAUUAAAACAUACGACGAAGGUACCUCAGAUAAACAAUACGGACAUGCCUUAGUCGCUGGAAUUGAUAGGUACCCAAGGAAAAUCCACAAACGUAUGGGUAAAGGCAAAAUGCACAAGAGGUCCAAGAUCAAGCCUUUUAUCAAAGUAUUGAACUACAACCACCUUAUGCCCACUAGAUACUCUGUAGAUUUGGCAUCAGACUUGAAAGUUGUACCCAAGGACCUCAAAGACGCCAUGAAGAGGAAGAAGGCUAGAUUCCAGACCCGUGUCAAAUUCGAGGAAAGGUAUAAGCAAGGAAAGAACAAAUGGUUCUUCCAAAAAUUGAGGUUCUAGGCUAUAGAUUUAAUUUUAUAAUUGUACACUUUUUAUUUUGAGAAUAAAAUGUGGAUAAAUGU